UCAACAAUCAGUUAAAUUCCAAAAAACUCUGUUGAUGUUUGUUAAAUGGCAGCGAUAUGAUGAAAGUUAUUAUCAAUUGUUAAACCAACGACAAUAUCGGCACAAAAUUCUUUCGAAAGCCAUUUUUGCAAAGAACGUUCUUCGAAAAUUUAUCUAUUUCGGAAAAAUUUUGAUAUGCUCGUCCUGCGAAAUCUUCAAAAUAUAAACACUGUAAUAGUACUUGGUGGUUUGGCAUUAUGCCUCAUAUUUAUGGUACAAGUUAAACAAUUAUACAACAAAAAUCAAAAGUACAACAGAUAUCUGGGAUAUAAACAAUACGUGACAGAAAUAUCAUCUGAGAUGAGUAUUGCAGAAAAAACCAUCAAUAAAUCUGCUACAUACGUUCGUCAAUUGAGCAAAGAGCUCUCAAAACAUGAGAAGGAAUUGAGAAACGUUUCAAUGUCCAGGAUUACAUUCUUCAAUUGACUAAUUUCACCAAGUAAACAUGACCCAAAAAAUCAUCUGCCUGUUUGAUGUUGAUGGAACCCUGACAAUGCCGCAACAGGAAAUUGAACUCGAUGUGGAAAAAGCAAUUUUUGACAUAGCCAAAAAGGAAGGCUUCGACUUGGGUGUGGUAGGUGGAUCCGACAUUGAGAAAAUAAAAAGACAGCUGGGUGGAAACAAGGUAUUCCAGAAGUACAAGUAUGUUUUUGCAGAAAACGGUCUCAUAGCUUACAAGGAUGGGAAACAGCUUGCGAGCGAUAGUAUCCAGAGUUUCAUCGGCGACGAUGCUCUCCAGGAUUUCAUAGAUUACUGUCUUACCUACAUAGCCAAUUUGAAAUUGCCUUUCAAACGAGGCACGUUCAUCGAAUUUCGAACUGGUAUGCUGAAUAUUUCGCCAGUCGGUCGUAAUUGCAGCCAGGAUGAGAGAAUGCAGUUUUACGAAUAUGACAAAGAACAUCACAUACGACAAAAAUUUAUAAACGCUCUGAAAAAACAAUUCCCCGAGCUUGCGCUUACCUACAGCAUUGGUGGACAAAUAUCGUUUGACGUAUUUCCGAUCGGUUGGAACAAGACCUACUGUCUCAGACACGUCGACGAAUACGACGAAAUCCACUUUUUCGGUGACAAGACGGCCGAAGGAGGAAACGAUUACGAGAUAUACGAAAGCGAUUUGACGAUCGGUCAUCGCGUGACAGGACCAGACAGUCUUCUCAAAGAACUCAAAAUCUUGAGCGCCGUUCUACAGGAAAAGCGCAUGAACGAAUAAAAAUGAUGAACAUCCAAUACUAAUUUUACUGACAAAGAUUCCACAUUGAAGUACAGAAUUGAAUUUUGAAGAAAAUUUUGAAAAAAAAUUACGAGAUAAAGGGCAAACGACUAUAUUUUGUGCAGAAGAUGCGUUGAAUUUGAUGUAAAUAAUUAGCAAAUAAAUAUAACGUAUAUUAUA